CUUUUUCCUUUUUCAAGUCUCGCGCCGCAGUGUGCCCCCCCCCCCCGAUAAACAUGGACGAAGACUACUCUGCAGGCUCGGUGGACGCCGACCGCGAGAUGACCAGACUCUGGCGCACAUGGAGGACAGUCUUCGAGAUGCUGUUGGACCGAGGCUACGAGGUCACGGAAGAAGAAGUCCAAAUGCCUCUUGCCGUCUUCAAGAGAAAUUAUUCCGACCCUCUUGGAUACCCCGACCGCAACAAGAUGAAAGUCAGCGCCCGCCCCACGGAAGCCAUGCAAGCGAAAUACACUCCCUUGCCGAGCAAAUCCAACCCGGACCCCCAGCCCGACUGCGGCACCAUCUACGUUGAAUUCUGCCCGGACGCGACCGGCGUCGGUACCAAGCAAGUGCGUACGUUCAACCACUUCGUCGACGAGAACAACUUCCACACCGGCAUUUUCAUCACCCAGACUCCCAUCUCGCCGUCCGCCGUGCGCCUGCUGAGCAGCAUGCCCGGCCGCAUCUGCGAGCACUUCCAGGAGCAGGAUCUGCUUGUCAACAUCACCCGCCACGAACUGGUCCCGAAACACGUCCUACUGAGCCCCGAUGAGAAGGCCCGUCUGUUGGAGCGCUACCGUCUCAAGGAAUCGCAAUUGCCCCGUAUACAGGUCUCCGAUCCCGUGGCUAGAUACUUGGGUCUGCGCAGAGGCCAGGUCGUGAAGAUUAUUCGGAAGAGUGAGACGGCUGGUCGCUAUGCCAGUUAUCGGUGGGUCAUAUAAUCGACCGAGGGAGCUUGGUUGUCAAUUCUGCUGGUGGUAUUCUUGCUAUCGAAGAGAAGCGUGUGCGUUAUGUCCUGGUCUCUGGCUUAGCCAAAAGAUCGGGGCAUUCGCGGAAGCGUCUUCAAAGAGGGCGGGAAGAAAGAGAGCGGGAGUUCACAGAAAGGAAUCGCGUGGAAAAGAACAAGGAAAAGAGGAGGCGGAUUUGAAAGAAAGGAAAAAAGAAAAACUUGUCUAAUUACAGGCAUCGGGCAGCAUGGCGUAAUGGCGAAAAAUCUCGAUGUGUUUCUACACAGCUGGUGUAUGUAUGUGUGUCUUUUGUCUUCCGGUUGGCUAGGUGCUUUCACCUCCAAUAUUUAUCUACUAACUCAUACAAUGGCUGUAUAAGAGUGAAUGAACCCAAUUUCUGUAUUGCUCUGUGUUCUUGUGCC